UACUACUACUACUACUACUACUACUUCGCGAAUCAUUUGCUUCCUUGGGGGAGAGCAUCGUAACUACCUCAGUCCUUUCUAAACAAUGGCAAAUCUGUGCCCCAAUUGCGGCCUUUCCGAUUUCCGGAACGCCACUUCACACUACCUGCGCCAUGAAGCAAGAGUCCUAGAGCUACUCCAAACUAACGACUCGCCGAGGGAUCAUGAGAAAGUUGACUUUACGACUGUGGUCUCCGAUGGUCCAGAUAUUAUAUCUGAUCUUGACUCCAGGAUUGCUCGAGCUCGGACCGUGCUCGAGGACCUCAUUCGCGAACGAGAACGUGUUGAAGACCACCUUCAGGACACAAAAACACUCUUCCACCCAAUACGUCGCCUUCCGGACGAUAUCCUACGUGAAAUAUUUACGGCAUGCGUCAAGACAGAGACUUUCCUCUACACACGGAAAAUUGGUAAUUCUCUUGACAUACUAAAACGCUCUCAGUGGGUGUUAUCGCACGUAUCUCAUCGCUGGCGAGGAGUGGCACUGGGUACCGCGGAGCUGUGGAGCUCGAUAGAGCUCUCUUUUGACUUGUAUCACACCUGCAAUGAUAUGAAACUCCAGUACAUGGUCGGCCUCAUGCUCGAAAGCCCGGAGGAUAUCUCUUCGCUCAGCGGGCUUGCCGCGCUUCUUGCAGCCAUCUCCCGAUGUACAAAACUAGCUCUGUCCAUUCCCUACGUCUCCCUGCCAGCGUUUUCCAUGUGCAGAGGAUCCCUGUCCCAACUUCGGCAUCUCCUUCUCCGAUUAACCAAUGUUCCUCCUGACGCCACUGAACUUGACACUUUCAGCAUCGCACCUCGUCUGCGAUGGUUGAAUGUAUACCGUAGAGACGACUUUAGUCGACUCCUUCGCCUUCCGUGGACGCAGAUCAAAUAUUGUGCGAUCAAGCACUCAUCUAACAAUGUGAUCCUUGAUCUGCUCCAGAAAUUACCCUUAGCAGAGACUAUCACCAUUUUUACUGAUGGUUGCACAACUGAGCACACUUCCAGCCAGGUCUUUGAGCUACCUCACCUAAGAGAGCUCUACAUCCAGGAAGAGGACGAUGAUGAAGAGGAUGAUGACGAAGAGGCUCUAGGCGCCUUGGCGGAACUCUUCAUGAACCUCAAACUCCCAGCGCUGCAGAAGUUAUCGCUUGAUUUCAAUUCCUCCGUGCCCUAUUUUCCAGAGAUCUCCCAAGUGCCAUUAUCUAACCUCGUUGACCUCACGAUCUCUUGUGAUCUCAGCGAUGUCGAUGCGGGACAAGAAAUGGCAGAGUUCUUACGCUUGACGCAUCACGUCAAGCGACUCAAUCUCCGUGUUCGCAGUGUCAACGAGAGAUUCUUCACUCCCUUUUUCUGCCAGCCAGACCAGCCGGUACUAUUACCAUGCCUUGAAGAGCUGGAUCUCCGGGAGUCUAGUUUGGUUGACCAGAGUCACAUCCUUGUUAACAUGCUAGACUCUCGUUGUCACGAAUCGGACGAUUGUGUCAGGUUGAUGAGAGCAUGGCUUGAUGCUCCUUUGGAUGUUGACGCGGAUCCGAGUGUCGCUAGACGCUGGAAAGGAAUCUGCGAGGGUCAGUUGGCGGUAUCAUAUGGCGGAGAAAUUCCACGGUGUACGUGUUAAUUCUGCAUCGACCCUGCCUGUGUUCAAAUUUCCCAAAGGGCCCGGUGUUUGAGGAGAGCGAUCUUCAUGUCGAAAGGCAGGGGCAACUGUUUUAUGAUUGUUCUGGUAAUAACAAGAAUAUCAAUUAAACACCGUACUCAAAUCGCCCCCCCAUCUGGGGGAAAUAGAAGUCAACUGAGCGAUAUCAGCGCCGCGUCUUGAGGGGAAGUCUGGGUCACACAACGGUGAACAAAUCGUGAUUCGCAGGGUGUGGAUGCGCUUACUGCAAGGGGGCACGGG